GACAAGAGUUAAGGUGCCGUGUGGAGACAGCUCAUUCACCCAUUAGGAUUUCUCAGGCUGUACGAAAGAAAAAAAAGAAAAGGAAAAGAAAGAAAAGAAAUGGAAUCGUUUUCCCUAGGAGUCGGACUCAGCUUUUGCCUUUGACUUCAAACUGAGUUGAAAAGCGCAUUGGAUUUGAACCUGCGUACUACUUUGGUGGAUGGGAUAUUGCGCCUACAUUCUGUCGGGAUAACUUCAGCACGUUAAUCGUGUCCGUCCGUCCGUCCAUUGGAUUCGUCUUCGGUUCCCCCAAACGCACAUUGAAAUGAGGAGAAAUCGGGAAUUCGGGAGUAUGAUCACUUUAUUUGUGAUCGCUUUAGCAACGCUAUCGGAUGCAGGCUUGGCUGUGGAAGUGUUCCGUGCAGGGGUGGCCCCUCGCUGCGAGAGCCGGGCGUGUAACCCCCGUAUGGGCAACCUGGCCCUGGGCCGCAGGGUCCUCACCCAGACCGUCUGUGGCAACAACGGCACUGAGCUGUACUGCUCAUACCCCGAUACCCCUACCAACCCAGCCUGUGGCAGCACCAAGUGCUCCAAAUGCAACGCCGGCCUGCCCCUCCUGGCCCACCUGGCAAACUCCAUGGCCGACUCAUCCUUCCGCCACCCCAACACCUGGUGGCAGUCGGCCGAGGGGGUGGAGUCGGAGACGGUGCAGCUGGACCUGGAGACGGAGUUCUACCUCACGCACCUCAUCAUGGUGUUCCGCUCGCCGCGGCCCGCCGCCAUGACGCUGGAGCGCUCGCAGGACUUUGGGCAGACGUGGAAGACGCUGCAGUUCUACGCCAGCAACUGCAGCGCCGCCUUUGGUCUGGAGGUGGGGAAAGUGGACUCAGGCCUGGACAAAGUUUCCUGCACCUCCAAGUACUCUGGAGCUAAUCCCUGCACCCGGGGAGAGGUAAUCUACCGCGCUCUGCCCCAGUGGGAGUCCCUGGAUCCAUUCGGGGCGGAGGCCCAGGAGCAACUCCGGGUGACGAACAUCCGCGUUCGUCUGCUGAAGCACCAGUCGUGUCCCUGCCAGGCCAAAGACCUCGCCUCUGCCAGCGGAGCGCCCCCUAGCAAGCACUUCGCCAUCUACGACCUGAUAGUCAAGGGAAGCUGCUUCUGCAAUGGGCACGCUGAGCAGUGUGUCCCCGCACCCGGAUACCGGCCCGUGAGGGACAGGACCAACCAUGUGGUUCAUGGGAAGUGUGUGUGUAGACACAACACAGCAGGUGUUCACUGUGAGCGCUGUGCUCCGCUCUACAACGACAGACCUUGGCAGCCUGCAGACGGACUGACAGGAGCUCCACAUGAGUGCCGAAAGUGCAAGUGCAACGGACACGCCCAAAGCUGCCACUUUGAUUGGCUGGCGUGGCGCGAGUCUGGCCAGCGCAGCGGGGGCGUGUGCGACUGCCUGCACAACACGGAGGGGCAGCAGUGUCAGAAGUGCAAAGCCGGCUUCUACAGAGACCCCUACCGACCUCACACCACCUCGGACUCCUGCAAACCAUGCAGCUGUCACCCCCUGGGCUCCAUGCCCUUCCACUUGGCCGAUGGCUCCCUCUGCGACCCCUCCAACGGUAACUGCAUCUGCAAACCAGGGGUGGGUGGCACCCACUGUGACAGGUGCAUGGUGGGAUACUGGGGCUUCCAUGAGUACGGCUGCCGUCCAUGUGACUGCGCGGGAGACUGCGAUCCCUUCACCGGAGACUGUCUGUUGGGCUCUGAUCUGGAUCUCUACAACUCCAAUGGCAACUCCAGUGAGUCAGCCAGGAUCUUCAGACCUGAUGAACUUUUCUCUGCCCUUCACUACUCAGAGAAGUGUGAGUGCAAAGAGCAAGUCCUGACCAACAGCAAACUCUUCUGCACCAUGAAUUAUGCUUAUGUACUCAAGGUGAAGGUGCUGUCGGCCCACGAUAAAGGCUCUCAUGCCGAGGUGGAGGUCAAAGUUCAGAAGGUGCUGAGUCAGAACACGAAGGUGAAGAUACAGAGGGGGCGAGUCACUCUUUACCCGGAGUCCUGGACUGCACGAGGCUGCACCUGUCCCAUCCUCAACCCAGGUGUGGAGUACGUGGUGGCGGGUCACACGGACCGCAAGCAGGGUCGUCUCAUGGUCAACAUGAAGAGCUUCGUCAAGCCCUGGAGAGCCAGCCUGGGGCGCAAAGUUCUCACGCUGCUCAAGAAAGACUGCAACUGGUAAAUGGAGGGAGGAACAGUGUGGGACUGACAGACGACAAAAGGAGAUGAGCUGCGGCGGAGAGAACAAGACGGUGCCAUUGGAUUCCCCCCUCCCCCUCCCCCUUGUUCUCUAACGGGGGAUUGGUUGGAUCAGAUGGACGGUUCUAACAAACAGCGGAGUCUCGCCCUCGCUCUUUUCUUUGUCCGAUAAGUGUUUGAGGCCGGCAGGCCGUAUCUGCAAAAUUGCACAGCGUGUGAUUGCUUGAGAGAUAUCAGCCACAUGUCUGAGCAGACUCUCCUGCUCCUCCUGCGUAGGAUUCCCUGCAAACCCUUCCCAAGCCUCUGCUGCCACAGUUCAACAAAGAGAGGAAUUCUUCAGUGCUACGGCCAAUUGUUUCUGCCUUUUUGAGGGGCUCUUUUUUUUUUUUGUGUGUGCGUGUGUGUGUGACUGAAUGUCCCCCUGGACCCAUUACAAUACACACACACACACACACACACACACACACACACACACACACACACACACACACACACACACACACACACACCCGCAUCCAUUAAGGCUCGGUCUCUUCCUCUUCUCCAGCACUUUAGCCCAAGAAGGACCAGCCAAAAGUCCAAGGGCAACGUGGACCCAUAGACUGCACAACAAUGAGAGCGAAGGGGUCUCAAACACACAUACACACACAGACACACAUACAUAUAAGCACACAAACCUCUACAUGAGUUUUAUGAUUGACCUCUUUCUCCAUGGACAGUGGAUAAGACCGCAUCUGUUGCCUGUGGUGCCCUCUGCCACACCGGACAGACCGGACAGGUAGUCUGUGGCAGACGCAACCACAUGCGAGCGCCCGGAGGGAUGCUGAAUAAGCCAUACAUGCCACUACAGGUGGAUAAACCUAACCAGUCCAGGUGUGCCUGUGAUGAAAUCGGAGUGAAUGUCUUUAUCCAGCGUGAGUGAGU